GUUUCCCCUGCCGGGAAGGGGUUAUAUUUCUUAUAUCUUUCCAGUCAUAUUUUUGUUUGUUUUAUUUUUCUAGAGUUUUUGUGGUAAACUCUUUCUCCAAUCAUCAAAAUGAAUUCGGCCUCACCUACCACUAGCGCCUCUACUAACAGAGGGGGUCGUCCUAAGGAUUGGACUGAACCCCGCGCUCGCAGAUUAGUGCGGCUCUACAUUUAUACAAGAUUACCUUUUGACCUUAUAUUGAAACUCUUAGAAGAAGGCCUUUGGAAACCUGGUAAAGAUGCCGCCAACAAAGUAAAAAACUCACUCCUCGGUAACGAUCCUCGAUGGAUAAGACCUAAAGACGACGAAGACGAGAGAAGACGUAUCGCAGCUCUCAGGAAUAGCCGGCGCGGGGCGAAGUUUCACCAUAGGAGGUCUACCUCGCACUCUGCUAGCUAUGAUGACGAUACUCUGACUCCUACUCGAUCAAGUCGCCAUUCCUUCGAGAAGUCAGGCACAUCUACUCCGUUCAAGAAUGAACAAAUUGAUCCCACCGGCCAAGUUGGUGCCAACAUUCCGAUUUUUGGUUACGAUGAACAUGGGUCCCAAAUAUACCCUCCUUGGAUCCCGAGUGGCCUUGACGGUUCUCGUCAGGAUACUGGCCUAACUAAUUCCACUGAAACAAGCAUGAGCAGUAGUUUUCGCGAGAAACUCUCUACGGUGUCUCACGACCAAGUGAAGGGGGCCUGGCGCGUUUUGAAACAAUUCACCUUUCCCAAAGGUCCCGAAUUACAACGAGAAAUUUCCUUGUCUCCGAUCGCCUCCCCUGGAUCUCAAUUCCAGCCUGCUCAGCGAGGUUUCCGUAACCCAGGUGGAUCAACCGUUUAUGCUCCAUUUAGCGCAGAGUACGCUGUUCCCGGCAACUUUCUCGAUGCGAAUUUAUCUACCAGAAGAAGCGCAUGCGAGAAUACAUCUGAAUUCCACGAGAUGGGCACCUGUUGGUGUCGGAUCGCUAACGACCUAACGUCGAUCGAGGCUUUAUGGCCGAUUCAUGGCGAUAUAAUUUCCACUCAUAUCAAUUAUUCCGACGAUAUAUACCAAAGAACAGACGCUUUUGGUAAUACAGCGUUCCACCGUAUUGCUGCUACGGGCGAAAAUCCAGUUCUUUUCCUUAAUCUUUUAUCCCAAGCAUUAGGAGACCCCCACUCACUAGUUCACGCCACAAAUACAGCUGGUCAGACAUUUCUGCAUGUCCUCCAUCGGUCUUGGUUUGAUGAAAUACCACUCUUGGAACAGCUUCUUAACGUACUCAAUAACUAUCCCGACUUUAACAUUAUGGCAACGGAUGUGUACGGGCGUAGCUUUGCUCACCUGCUCCAGAAUAAUAACAUGGAUACUGCUUAUCACCUGGCGCACUUGUUUGAUUGCGACUUACUCGAACGGCGGGAUGCCUUCGGAGUGAAACCCGUGAAGCCUCGACCAGCGGACGCCGCGCCUAGUACGUUGCUGAUACAGCGCCAUAAUAGCCCAAUGGAUACGAUAAGCCCAAGAAGGGCAGAGAUCCCUCCAACAAUAAUCGACAUACCUUCAAAUUAUGGAGAUGAAUUUCUAUUUCGACAACGCGAGCUUCUAACGAUAGUUCUUGACGCUGUCAAGGUCGAUAGUGUUAAUUCAACAAAUCCAAACCCCCGGUCCGAAGAUUCGCGCGGACGCAACGCGCUGCAUUGUCUUGCAGAAGUUGUAUUAAACGUAAAGAAUGUUCAAGAACAUACGUACGAUAAUCAGCGACAGCGAAAACGCAAAUACAGCGAAGAAGACGGAGAAUCGAGGUCAGAGGGCAGCGAUACUAAAAAACGACUAGAAUACCUCGAAGGAAUCCUCUCUGCACAUGCAGAUGUCAAUCUCUAUGAUUGUCAAGGACAAACUCCCCUGAUGGCGUUCGUCAAGUAUCGACCAGAAGACUCUAGAGAGGAUAAGGAUGCCAUGGAGAUGAUUAUCAAGAGACUGCACAAUGCUGGGGCCAACUUGGAAGCACGAAACCGUGAAGGAGAAACAGCACUUCACGUCGCUGCCAGAUUCGGAAAGAAGGUCGCAUUGAAGGAGCUUCUCCAGUUGGGCGCUAACCCGUACGUUCGGGACGCCUGUGGCCUUAGCGUCCUUGCGGCGAUCGACGACCGCUGGGCUAACGCUGAGGACGGCCUGCACAUUGCGCGCUUAGAAGCUUGUCGAGGUGUCUUCACUAGCCUCGCGCGACCCGCGGCCCAGGAGCCCACCGUGUUACAGGAAUGGGGGGUAAAGCAACCAACACCUGCGUCGUCACGGUAGCUGAUGCCCUUACACCGUCACGAGCGACGAUGUAUGAUUAACUGGGCGGGUAAGAGUUCUGAUUUCAUUGUUGUGGUUUCUGGAGUUCGAUACCCUUGUACAAAUGUUUUUGGGGCGUUUGGGGCCUUGUAAAUUAAGCGUACAAUACAGUUCAUAGAUCGGGUGUACUUUAGUGGGUGGAAUACAAUCAUUUCGUCUUCAG